AUGGUUGCGGUCAACUUUUCUUUGCCCCUUGACAACUUAGGGUUGGUUGUGAAGGCUUGCUUUCUCGCUUUGCCAGCUUACAUCCUCAUCCGCCAGCUUCUCGUGUGGCUGAACAACAAACUCUACUCUGACCUCCACUCUAUCCCCGGACCUACAGUUUCUGAGUGGCGCCGCGCGAGAAUUGGAUGGUCCCAGGCCUACCACAUCAUCUGCAUGGAUCCGUUCGAAACGGUACGCCUUUUCACUCGCUGGCGCAAGCAGUACGGCCCAGUGUACAAGAUUCGUUCCAUGUUGGGUGAGGUCGUGAUCAUGGCCACUUCAGUGUCGGCAAUCCGAACCGUGAAUAUUUCCAAGAGCGGCUGCUUUGAAAAGAUGGCUAUGGCAAGGAAAUUCAUCGGCCCGCUUGUCGGGGAUGAGGGUAUUAUACUCGCAGAGGGCAAGACUCACGCCAGAAUUCGGAAGAUGGUCGCCCCCGCUAUGCACCACGACGCCUUGGUCAGUCUGAGCACCGUAUUCCUUCAACAAGCCAAACUGUUUGCCGAGCGGUUGGGGGCAAGCGACCCUGAAAAGCUUGAUAUUCUAGCCGAAUCCCGGCUUGCCACAUUUUCGAUCAUCUACACGACGUGUUUUGGCACUGAUAUUGCUCAACCAGAGAGGAUUGCGAGCUUGCAGAAGGCGUAUCACGAGGUAUUUAAAGAGCCGCUCUGGAGAACAUUUCUCUCAAGUCUUUUGGGCCUCAUAUUUUGGUUCGUUGAUCCAAGCGUCUUCAACUGGCGAGAAGACUUGCAUCGGUACAUUAAAAACACGUCAAAGCUACUUUGUGAAGAGUACUUUCACAGAGAGUCUCAGAAUGAGAAGCCAUCCCAGAAGGAGAAGCCACUCUUAUCAUUUAUGGUUGAUCCUGAUACAAAUAUGAAAAUAUCCUCUGGAGAGAUGGUAGACACAGUUCUCAGCUUUCUAGUCGCGGGUCAAAUAACCACGAGUGCAUCGAUCUGCUGGACUUUGUCCUUACUCGGGCGCGAACCGCAAUGGCAAGAGCGCUUGUUUCAGGAGCUCCAAACAUGGCGCGAGGAAGACGGUUUAGAACGGCUGGACGCUUUGCCCAUCCUCGACCGUGUGGUGAAAGAGUCGAUUCGACUGUAUCCUCCUCUAAGUAACGUUACACGAAUAUCUAUGAAGCCGGUAAAUAUCGAUGGAUACCUGAUCCCCGCAGGCAUCGCCGUUCGAAUGCCCAUCACUUCUAUGCAGAGGGACGAGGAAAUUUGGGGGAAUGAUGCCGAUAAGUUUAAUCCUGAUCGCUUUCUGGAUGAAGACUUGGUAGUGAAAUCAAGGAUGUUUUGGUCCGCUUUCCUUUUUGGAAGGAGAAGUUGCAUAGGCCAGCGGUUUGCACUCUUGGAGAUCAAGGCUCUCAUCUCGAUAGUUAUGCUUCAACAUGUUAUUGUCAAGCGGAACCCAGAAGUGCCCCAGCCCUCAUGUCGAGGUUGCUUUGCCGUCCCCAAGGACAUGAAGAUAUACUUCAGGCGUAGAUAG